AAUUCAAGUCCUUCUUCUCGUGGUUCAAUUAACGAUCUCUUUGAUUCUCUGGUCCGACCCGGUCUUAUGUGAUCCUCAAACAAGAUUCCUGGACAUGGGAUGCAGCCCAUACAAUUCAACCAAUCCGUCAGCCUUCGCCAAUCGCAACGCAACUUUCCUGAACCUCCGAAACCAACUCGCCGGUUCGAAUACCACCCGGAUCGAAACGGCUCAACAUGGCCGGUCCAUCUCGUUGUACGGCAUGGCUCAGUGCAAAUCCGAUUGCCUUGCUUGCUUUGACAUCGCUGUGAUUCGCAUCAGGAACUGCUCCACCGCUAACGGUGCUCGCAUUAUUUUUGACGGCUGCUUCUUAAGGUAUGAAAGCAACUUCUUCUUCGACCAAACAACCGCUCAAGGCAAUAUAGCCAUAUGUGGGACCAAAAACGUAACUGAUGAGAACGGUUUUGGAAUCACGGCCAAAACACUGUUGGCCAAUCUCGUAACUGCGACUCCACGAAUUCAAGGCUACUUUGCGGCAGUCAAGGAGAAGAUAACUAGUUCCGGUAAUGCUUCAGUGUAUGCUGUGGCGCAGUGUGCGCAUACGGUGAGCGAGAGUGGGUGUAGGGAUUGCUUAUCUGUAGCGUAUCAGAACAUGGAGAUCUGUAUUCCGGUAUCGGAUGGGAGGGCCACUGAUGCCGGAUGCUUUUUAAGAUACUCUGCGACAGCGUUCUUUGGAGACAACCAGACAACAAAUAUCACACCCUUCUUUAAAAAAGGAAAUUCAAGCAAUAAAAAGACCAUUAUUAUUGGGUGUACUGCUGGAGGCGUUGGCUUUCUGUUGCUUCUCGGUAUAUUCUUCAUAUUCCUACUACGAUCUAAAAAGGCCAAGCAAUCCGAUAAAGGUGAUACACUAGGAGCUACGGAGCUCCGUGGACCAGUGAGUUUCGCUUACAGAGAUUUAGAAAAAGCAACAGGAGAUUUUUCUCAAGAGAAUAAGCUUGGAGAAGGAGGGUUUGGAGGUGUCUACAAGGGGGUUCUGAAAAAUGGAAAAAUAGUUGCGGUCAAGAAACUUACAAUUGGUCAAUCCACUAGAGCAAAGGCGGAUUUCGCUAGCGAAGUGAAGCUUAUAAGCAAUGUUCAUCAUCGAUAUGUUGUCCGUCUCCUUGGUUGUUGUAGCAAAGGCCCGGAACUGGUGCUUGUUUAUGAAUACAUGGCGAACAGCAGUCUUGAUAGAUUUAUAUUUGGUGAAAAACGUGGGACUCUCAACUGGAAACAAAGGUUUAACAUAAUUGUUGGCAUGGCAAGGGGUCUUGCGUAUCUACAUGAAGAGUUCCAUGUAUGUAUCAUACAUCGAGACAUCAAAUCUAGUAAUAUACUGUUGGAUGAUGAUUUCCAGCCAAAAAUUGCGGAUUUUGGGCUUGCAAGAUUUCAGCCAGGGAAUCAGAGUCAUUUAAGCACUGGAUUUGCUGGAACCCUGGGUUACACAUCACCUGAGUAUGCGCUUCAUGGGCAGCUGUCCGAGAAGGUCGACACUUACAGUUAUGGUGUGGUUGUCCUUGAAAUCAUAAGUGGUCGAAAGAGCAAUGACUUAAAGCUUGAGCCUGCAACUCAAUACCUCCUUGAAAGGGCAUGGACGCUGUACGAGGAUGACAAAUUGAUGAAUUUGGUGGAUGAAAGCUUAAACCCUGAAGAAUAUGAUGCAAAUGAGGUAAAGAAAAGUAUAGAGAUAGCUCUCCAAUGCACCCAGUCCUCAGUUGCAUCAAGACCUGCAAUGUCUGAAGUUGUUGUCAUGCUGUUAAGCAAGGGACAACUAAAGGUCAGGCCAACCAGACCUACAUUCAUUGAUGCUACUAAUAGGGUUCGUGGAGAUACAUCCACUUCUACUGCAUCAUCUGCAUCAAAUGCCACUGCUUCAACCACCCAAGUGUCGGGUCGUUGAAAUGCUAGCCAAAGUUUGGA